UUAGAGUGAAGCCUCAAGCGGGUUAAAUGGAUUGGCAGAAUCGCGUUCCUACGAAAUUGGAACCUAGAAACGGAAUGUUGCCGAACGUAAAAAGAGAACAAAUUGACGAAAUGAAGUUCCCAGAAGCUGAGAGCUGGUGGAAUCGUACAGAUACCCGCCAAAAAUGGGAUGAGCCCCCCAGAAAAGCAGAAGUAAACGUAGAUCGUUGUGAAAACUUGCCAAGUGUUCAGACAAGGACAGAAAGAAUUGAUGAAUCGAGAAAAGAAGACGAAUAUUGUGAAGUGGUCGUUUCAACCAAAAAGACAUAUUAUUCUCGAAGAAAUGGUAUGAAACCCGGAACUCUGAAAAAUUUGCGCUGCUACUAUCAAUCCGCCGGAAUUCCGCUCCAGUUAUAUGUCAACUGCAGUCCUGUUGAUUCAGAUCGAUUCCAAACCCUUAAUAAAUACUGCGAUGGCGUACUUUUGAACGAGGAUUUUAACGAAGAUAAUCGCAAUGAGAGUGAAGUCAUCGAAACUAGGAUUACCGAAACGAAACAGAUUGGCGAUGGACAAUACGAAGUUCGAAUAGAGUCUAGGUACAAGUUCCUGAAAACUGCGAAAGUGUCGUUUUAUGUUGCGAUGCAUUCUGAAAGCGCGGAAUAGAAGGCAAUUGUCUUCAAUCAUUUUAUCGGAUGCUCAUGAAACGAAAUUUUCAACCAUAGCACAUUCCUCAUUGUUCCCACUGUUACAUCUCCAACUGUUCAUCAUUUUUUGAAUGCACUCAAUUUAUCACUUAAAAAGCUUAUGUGUCUGUCGUCAGCUCGAAAUAAAAUGAAAAAAUUCAUAAUAUCAUCGUU